GAGUGGGUGAAAGUAAGUGUUGUAGAAAACAGGUGGUGACAUAAUGGCUAUAGAAGAAGUAAUGAUGAGAAUUAAACUAGUGGGAGUGCAUUAGGAGAAUGGAGUAGUUCGAGGAGAUAGAUUGAACGUGAUGCUGGCAACAUAAGGCCUGUCCACUGUGGUCUACUGCGCUGUGUGAGGAUGAGGGACCGCCUGGACGAGCUGCGUCAGAGGACUCAGGAUGGAGCAGAGGAGGGUGACAGCUCUAACCCGUUCUCAGGGGAGCAGCAGGCUGACGAGGAUGCAGCGGUGGUCGGGGUCAUCACUCCAGAGGCUGUGGUCUUUGAGGAGGAGCCUGUCAUAGACAAUCUCCUGUCUGACAUCCAGCAGAUCAGAGAUGACAUCACAGCAUUGGAAAUAGAGGUGGUUAAGUUCAGCCAGCAGCAGAAGACCCUGGUGGCCACGAUGCGUCGCUUCAGUGUGAUGAAGAAGGAGAGCAGCAUCACGAGGGACAUCAAGCUCCAGGCCGAGAGCAUCCACAGGAGACUGGACUCUCUCUCCAAACAGGUGCAGCAGACGAGCGAGCUGGAGGGGCCCGGCUCAGUCACUGCCCGCAUACAGAAGUCCCAGCAUGCAGCACUGUCACGCAAGUUUCACCAGGUCAUGCGUUUGUACAAUGAGAAUCUGCUGAGUAAGCAGGAGCGCUGCAGACACUUUAUUAUGCGUCAGCUGGAGGUCUCGGGACGCGAUGUGACAGAGGAUGAGGUGAAUGAGAUGGUGGCAUCGGGGAAGUGGGAGGUCUUCAACGAGAACCUGCUCAACGACGCUCGCAUCACACGCUCACAGCUCUCUGAGAUCGAGCAGAGGCAUAAGGAGCUGUUGAGCCUGGAGAACAACAUGAAGGAGCUGAGGGACCUGUUCAUGGACAUAUACAUGCUGGUGGAGGAACAGGGAGCCUUCAUAGACCACAUCCAGACCAACGUGGAGAGGACUCAGGACUAUGUGGUCGUCACUAAUGAAAAAUUCAAACUGGCUGCUCGAUACAAGAAGAAAAACCCUUUACGCCAACUGUGCUGCUGCUGCUGUCCACCCUGGAGAUGCUGUUUAUAACACUGUGUGCCAUUAGCACUCAAGCUAGAAGUGCUGGAUUCAAAUAGCAUUUAUAGACAAUCUUGCGGGGCGCUCAAGUGAGAGAUGGUGAAGCAGGGCCAGUGGAGCGGAGAAAACAAUUAAGUGUAAAGGCCAGAUUUGGUAUUUGAUGCGCUUGUUGGUUCCAGGAGGAUGUGUAUUGGAGGGGACAUUUUUAGUCAGCGCUGUAACAAGGCUGCUUCUUAAAGGGGAGGCCGGCUGUUAGCUGGCGCAGGUCACGAGACAGCGCCACUUCCUCAAGAGCGGAUAGGGUAAUUUAUCACGGAUUUAUUUUGAAUUUAUAGCACAGUUACGAACACUUUAUCUGCACUUUACAACUUAAAACCACUAAUGAGGUAUAUGAUUAUAAGCGGGACAAAUAUAAGUGAAGAUGUUGUCGGUUGAAUUUAGUUGCAUUGUAUUUAACUUUUCUAUAGGUUUUGGUGACUUUAAGGAUUAUAUUGCUUUGUCUAGAAUGUUCUACGGUAGAUCUCUCUUACAAAUAGAAACCGUGAACAAAUAGGUGUGUUAGUUUCAGUGUAGUUAGCUCCUUCCUUCAGACAGAAACAGCGAAAUGUCUUCACUCCUACAACUUUUUGUCCUGUUGACAGAUUUGAAUUUUUCUUUUACUAUAUUCCACAGUAUGGUGUUAAACUUACCUCCAUGGGUAAAUUCAGGGAACGCCACCAGGCCAAGUUACAAGGUAGAUCUGCGGUGAGGCGACCCAGCUGACACUAACAAUACAUGUUUCUCAAAGUAUUCUUUUAGUAAUAAUAAAUUCACUUAAUAACGCAACAUAGAUGCGUUAAUGUCAUCUGGAACACUCAUGGCAAAGCAAUUACAUCUCCAUGGAGACUAGCCAGAUGGAUCUUUCUUGAAGCUUUUUUUUUGUUUUUCUUUCUGUUUUUCAGUGCCAUACAUUUCAAUCUAUAAAGUGCUUUGAAAGUAUACAAUAAGUAGCAUUUGUUCUCGUAUCCAUGUUAUUUUUAUAGUUUAAAGAAGACCUACUGUGGUUGCGUCUGCUAUAUAAUUAUAAUCUAUGACACCUGUAGAUCAUUACGUUAUAAUUUGCACAUUUUAAAUUGCUAGAUUCAUCUAAAACGACUCAAUAAAAGAAACCCGCUGACUUCCGUGUUAGGAAACUGCGAUGCCCAAUGGGAGCUGACGUCAAUGGAAAACGUCAUCACAGCAAAGAGCCGUGGAGCUGUCAGCCCCUUCUAUGGAGAGCUGCAGAUCACACUUGUGGGUAGUGGAUUUUUUUUUUUUUCAUGUGUACCAAAAUGACUACGUGACACUGCUGAAUCCUACAUGUAUCAUCGAUUAAGUACAAAGCCGUGGGCAUAUGUCAGUGGGGGUGAAAACAGGAGUUGAUUGGCAAUAUGGCGUCUUGAAACAAUUAUAGCAGGUUUAAAGCUCUGAAAAGGUGAUUUUACAUAAUAGAUCUGCUUUAAAAGAAGGAAAAAACAGUUCUAACUAUACCACUGUCUUGCAUUUGAUGACUAUAUUAAUAUGCCAAUAUGAAACUGUGGUAUUGUGUGACCAGCAGGCAGUAUUGUGUGCAUAUGUGGGUGGUGUGGGUGACCGAUGCCGGUGUCUAAUGUCCAGGACAAAACACCAAAGGACAAGGAGUGCCAAAGCCAAACCGGAAAAUCAUGUCUGCGUCCUAUUCCCCCCCGGGAAGAAUGUCAACAACUCAUAUUUCAAAUAGAAACACUCCAGGGAAAAGUGUUAUUUGUGCAAUGUAAGAAGAGGAAUUCAAUUGGUAAUCUAGUAAUCUCAAAAGAGAUCAAGUAGUUGGUCAAUAUAUUUUAUAGAGCAAUGAAACAACACAUUAAGACAUGAAUGCAGUUGGAUUAUUUUACAUUAAACACUAUAAACUGCUACUUUUUUCCCACACUUUGAACACUGUGGCCUAUACAAUGGUGGAGCUAUUUUAUAGAUUUUUACUGGUUUAUAGCCACCGGGGGGCACUCUCUAGCAGUAAAUGCAAAAGUGAGACAGACGUGAGGAAAGAUUCUGCACUAAAGAACACUACUUUUGAUUUUGAACUGUCAUUUUGCACAUCAUGCACACAUCCUCAUCAUGGAAAACACAUGAAGAAAUACAUAUGAUGCAGCUUUUAAGUUAAAGGCAAUGGACCUGGCCUCAAAGAAGGAAAUAGAGCCACUGCACGUAAGUUUGGCAUCAAAGAAGGAAAUAGAGCCACUGCACCUAAGUUUGGCAUCAACGAAUCGAUGCAAUGUCGGAAGCAGCAGAGGGAAGAACUAAGUCAAUGUAAAAAAGACGACAAAAGCUUUCAGAGGAAAUAAAAGCAGAUGGCCUCUGUUUGUGCUGUUUUAUUUUCUAAACCUUCAAGUGUGUUCAUCCCGUGUUGAUGGCGUGUUGGUGACGUACUGCCCAUUUUCAGAUACAGUUUGAAAAAAGCGUGUCUUAAACUUAAAACUCAAAAUAACCUCCUGUACCAUUUUUCUGUGUAAAUAUUGCAACAUAUUACAAUAUAUUUGUAACUUGCGGCUUAUAUUCGAGUGCAGCCUAUAUAUGUAAAAAAUGUAUUUUCUUUUAAAAUGUAGCUGGUGCGGUUUAUAUUCAAUGUACAGUAUACUCAAAUCAAGAGAAAUACUACUUAAUUAAAUACUUAUAAAAAAAUAAAAAUAAAAAAAUAAAUCUUAUAAUUCAAAAAUUAUCAAAGGAACAAGAUGAGACUUGACAAGUAUUUUUCCACUUCAAAUGAGAAAAAAAUGUUCUAUUGGUACAUCUUAGCUCAAGAAUUGACAAAAUCACUCAAACCUAGUUAACAUUUACUCAAAUCUAAUUAAAAGUCUCAUGUUCCAGCGAUAGACUUGGCUUAACAUCAAGUUUUUUCUAGCC